AACCACAUUCUCAGCUUAGGUGCUAAACUGAAGGAGCUUCUGUGGAGAGCAAGUUUGAAUCACCAAGUCUUCCUGAGCGAUCAGUUCGACAAUGAAAUUGUUUCUUCUUUCCCUUUUGGUUCUUACCUCACUGUGCUUCGUUCUCGGUGACGAAGACGACAUACAGCCCAACUUUGACGAUCUGAACGCAAACGAUGGACAGAUGGUCGAGGACACGCCAGACGAUUAUGUUGAGGACGAAGAAGACAACGACAUGGAAGAUGACGAAGACUUUAUCCCAGAGGAACAUGAUGAUGGCGAACUAAGGGAUCCCGAUGGUUUUAAGGAUGAUGAUGACGCGAACCAAACUGGUUUGGAGGGAAGCGGAGGGAAGCGCCCACCAGUGGACACCAUUAUAGAAAAAACUCCUCCUUCAAAAGGCGAGGAGGAAGGCAGUGGUGACUCAAACCAAUCGGUUAGAGACGCUUUGGCGAAUAAGCUGGGAUUAAAUUCUGACUCGGAUGACCCAGAGUUCGCCAAGAAAUAGUUUUCCUUCAUGGAACGUACCCAAAUUGCUUAUAUUAUGGUGCAUGGUGUAGUUUAGAAAGCAAAGAUUUUCUAUGUGGGAUAUUUGUUACGGAAUUACUUUUUACCUUUGGGUUAUGCUUAAUCAAAUAAACAAUUUUUGCUUUUUUUACGAAAAAUAACAAAAAACUGCAUUUGUUAGAGUGUUUUGGUUUCUUCAGGAUUUUUUUUACAAAACGUGUCAGCUACUCUUAAAUUUUGCAUUUAUAUUAAAGACUGAUGCUUUAAACCGCUAAA